GCUAUUAUAUUAACACGGACUUUAGUUUCUAUCGCGGUGGAAUCUUUCUCGUUUCUAUUUUUAUAUAAAAAUGUUUAAAAUCAUUUACUUCUCAUUUAUACUGCUGUCACUAUCACUGAGUGAUAGUAAAGAAAUGUAUUUGCCAUCCCGUUUAAAUAGAGAAGGAGAGUUAACAGUACUACAACAACAAUCAGAACAGCAGCAACAUCAUCCACCCUCGAUGUUAUGUCAAAAUAUUAAGCCUCAACAUUCUGUGGAUAUAAAACAAAUAUCUGGGAAAUGGUAUGGUAAUGAGAUCAUAAUACACACACAAGAUUUACCAGGAGUAUAUCAAUAUCACAGUUGUGUGAUUGUUUAUAUUAACGAUAUUACCGAACAAAUGCAUGAUUACAAUUAUCACAACUAUAGAGCACCGACCACAAUGGAUAGUGCAAGUGCGGUGACUCAAUCAGUAGAUGAAUAUGAACCGUUACAUGCCAGUGUACGUUACUUACGUUUAAUAUGGAGUGAGAAAGAUUUAAAUAUUGAAUAUAAUUUUAAUUAUACGAUGAAUCGACCGGGACUCUGGCAUAAUAUGGGUGAGCAGCGAGGUUCGAUGGUAGCGCUCAAUCAAUACACGCAAUUCAAUGGCAGAGUUCAGGUGGUUAACUCGAUUAAUGAUCAUUUAGUUUUGACAUUUUGCGGCAGUGACAUGCAUCACUCUAUAUAUACCAUCGUGUUGAGCAGAAACCCGGAAGGCUUAAAUUCAGUUACAAUACGAAGUAUACGCAAUUUAUUGACAAGACGUGGUCUUUACACCGAAUCUAUACGUAAAGUUUGUGAAAGUAUUUCAAGCUCCGGCCAUAGAAUAAUGAUUCCGUUUUUAACAUUGUCGACUUUCGGUUUGCUGAAGCGGAUAUAUUGGAUGUUACCGAAAUUUUAUUGACCUCAAUUACGAGUUGCUUUACAAAUAUGGAUAAGAGAAUCUUCCCAAAUUAAGUAAUUGUAAUUAUUAUGUAUUGUGUAAUUAAAGUUAAUUCGCUUACAUUUUCUGAA